GUUUCAAUUCCCCUCCCCUCCCCUCCCCUCCCCUCCCGUGAUCUAUUCAUUGUUCAUCAUCGUCGCUCCCUCUCUCUCUCUCUCUCUCUCUCUCUCUAUCGAAACACCUGCUUCUGCUCUGUUCGGAGAAAAAGCUUCAUAAAUCCUCGCCGAGUCUCUUCUCCUUCCUGUGCGUCCGUCUCCUCUUCCGGCAAGCGCGGUGCAGUCGAGUUCGUCGUGCACAGAGGCCUGAGGGAGUGAUUUGAUUUCUAUGGACUCGUACGCCUCCUUUCGUGAAUCCGAUCCUGAUACGUCGCUCGAGUCCGGUAGGAAGAAGCGGAGGAAAAUCGAGGCGGAGUCGCAGAGUUCCGAAUACGGAAGAACCGAUGUCAAAUGGAGAUCGGAAUCGGCGCAGCGGAUCUACUCAGUCAAGCUCGUCGAGGCUCUCCAGCGGGCCAGCCAGAGCGCUGCCCCCGCAACUUCCAGGUCAACCGGCGGCCGCACUGUCCGGGACCUGGCCAACCGGGUCCUGGCGAUGGCGGCCAGGGGGAGGACGCGGUGGAGCCGCGCGAUUCUAGCGAGCCGGCUCAGGCUCCGCAGGCUCAGGAAGGUUAGGAAGCCGAGCGGCUCCUGUAGCAGGCCGAGGAAGCCCCUGCCGGCCCCUUCCGAAGACCGGAAGAGGCGGUUGCCGGCGGUGGAGAAGAGAGUCAAGGUACUGAGCCGGUUGGUCCCCGGCUGCAAGGGGAUACCGGUGACGAACCUCCUAGAGGAAGCCGGCGACUAUAUCGCGGCUCUGGAGAUGCAGGUCCGGGCCAUGACCGCGCUAACCGAGCUCCUCUCCGGCUCGCACAGUGAUCGGCUCGGCUCGAGCACUCCAAGCCCCGCAUAAAGCUAGCUAGCCGCGGCUUAAUCCGCCAGGUUGUUAUUACUUCCUUUCUUUCGUUCUUUUUUUUCUUCUUUUAUUAAUUUUUAACUUUGUUUUUAUGAUAUUAUUAUAUUCAUCAAUGUAUUUUAUUGUGUACAUGACCCGACCAGUUCUCCCACUAGCCAUCCGUAUAUGAACCUUCCAAUCUCUUGCAAUUC